AUGGUUGACGUCGAGAAGGCGGUACUAGACACUUCUACUACUGCGGUAACUGAAGUGCUACCAGCAGCAGCAGCAGCAGCAGCAGCAACGAAACAACUGAGACAAGUUAACGACGAUGGUUUGGAUCAUAAAACAUUAUUUGUACGUUCGAUCCCACCAGAAGCUACAUCUGAACAAUUGUCGGAGUUUUUUUCCCAAUUUGUACCGGUAAAACAUGCAGUUAUAGUCACAGAUGAAAAUAAACAGAGUCGUGGUUUUGGGUUUGUUACAUUUACUGAGGAUGAAGAUGCAUUGACUGCUUUGGUUGAGUCGAGGAAAUCCACAUUUCAAGAUAAUCGUUUACGAGUGGAUAUUGCAAAGAGGAGAGAACGGCAAGAUAAGGGUGCUAGUAGUAGUAGUGGUAGUAGUGGUGGUGGUGAUGGAUUAUACAGGGAACGUACAAAGCGGGAACCGGUAGAGAAGAGAAGAGCAAGGUUAAUAAUCCGAAAUAUGCCUUGGAGCUGUAAAAAACCUGAAGAAUUAAAGAAAAUUUUCAACAAGUAUGGGGCUGUUUUUGAUGCUUAUAUACCUAAAAAGAAAGGAGGCCAAUUGUGCGGGUUUGCAUUUGUUGUUAUGAAAAAAGUUGCUGCUGCGGAAAGAGCAGUACAGGAGUGUAAAGGCUUGAAAAUUGAUGGUAGAGAAGUUACUGUUGAUUUUGCUGUGGAAAAAUCAAAGUGGGAAAAGAUGAAAGAAGAGAAGGAAGAUGAUGAAAAGAAAUUGGAUGAGAAUGUGAAUUCUGAUGAAGAGGAUGAAGCAGAGGGAGGAUUACGUGAUGCAAAUGCAGAGGAAGAAGAGGAAGAAGAAGAAGAAGAAGAAGAAGAAGAAAAUGAUGAUGACAAAGAGGAUAAGAAAAAAGAAAAAGAAGAGGAAGAAGAAGAUUUCAACAAAUUGAACGAAAUAAACUCUGAUGACGAAGUGGACAUCGAAGAAGAUGUUGAGAUUAAGAUUGACAGCGACAAUGAAGACGACGACGGCAACGACGAAGAAGAUCAAGAGGAGAAAGAAAAAACAAGGAAAAAAAGUAAUAAACAAGAAGCAUACGGUAUAUUUGUACGUAAUAUACCGUAUGAUGCUGACGAGGAAUCAUUAAAAAAACACUUUGAAUUUUUUGGACCCGUCAAAUAUGCACUUCCUGUGAUUGAUAAAGAAACGGGAUUAUCAAAAGGUUCAGCAUUUGUUGCUUUUAAAGAGCAAGAUGCAUACAAUGACUGUCUUGAGAAUGCACCUUUGAAUUCCGGGGCCACUUCUUUUUUGAUUGCCGAUGAUGUUUCUCCUCAAUACGUUUACCAGGGUCGUAUCCUAUCCAUUGCUUCAGCUGUUGAUAGGCAAUCAGCACACCGAUUAGCAGAAAGGAACUCGUUUAAAAGGAAACAGGAAUUGGGUAAAGCACCUGGUGAAAAGGAUAAACGAAAUUUGUAUUUACUAAAUGAGGGUAGAAUUACCGAGAACUCCAAGUUAGCUCAGUUUAUUUCAAAGACGGAUUUAGAGUUGAGGGACAAAUCAUACAAAUUACGUGUUCAACAAUUAAACAAAAAUCCAACUUUGCAUUUAUCGUUAACAAGGUUAGCUAUAAGAAACUUACCUCGUGCAAUGAAUUCGAAAGCUCUCAAGGCCUUGGGAAGAAAAGCAGUAGUGCAAUUUGCCACUGAAGUCAAGGAGGGUAAACGUCAACCAUUAUCCAAGGAAGAAGUUUCAAGGUCAAACAAGCUGAAAAAGGAAGUACUAGACAAAAUCGAAGAAAAACCUAAAAAUUCCAAGCAUAAGGGCGUGGUUAAACAAGCCAAAGUGAUUAUGGAAGUUAAAGGUUCAGGAGAAGCUGGUCGUAGUAGAGGAUACGGGUUUAUCGAAUUCAGAGAUCACAAAGCCGCGUUACAAGGAUUAAGGUGGUUAAAUGCACAUGAAGUUAGUAAUGCUGAGAUAUUAGAAGGCUUGACUGACAAUGAAAAGAAAACGGUUAAAUUGGAAGGCCUUGGUAAGAGAAGGUUAAUUGCUGAAUUUGCUGUUGAAAAUGCCCAAGUUGUUAGAAGAAGAAGGGAGAAAGAAAUAAUGAGCAGACAGCCAAGUAAUAAAAACGAAAAAGAAGAAGAAGAUGGCGAAUCGAAGAAGAGAAAGAGAUACAGACAAGAUGGCAAAGAGGAGGAGGAAGACUCUAUUAAACCAUCAUCAAAGAAACAAAAGAAAAAGGCAAGCAUGGAAAAGGGUAGUAAGUCAAGGGAACAAAAGAAAAAAGGAGGCCUGGAAAAGGGUAGUAAGUCAAGGGAACAAAAGCCCGCUGUUUCAAAAGUGACCAAUAAAUCAGGUCUUUCAGACAACAUCAAGCUGAUAAUAGGUCAAAAGAGAAAGAGAAGAAAAGGUAAAAAAUAA